UGGUAUCCCCGACACGGUUUGAGUUGCAGGCCGGCCCAAGCUUGUUAAGAGCUGCUCGUUGCGCUCCCCGAUUAAUUCGUGUUGCAAUUCUUCAUCCUCAUCCUCUCACUCUCACUCUCUGUCUUUUUUUCAUCAUCUUGAGCGUGUCAUACUAUACCCCCCUUACAUAUUCGAAUAUCACACCACACACGCACUCACAUACACACAAUGGCGGACCAGUUGAGAUAUGACGGCCAAGUUGUUGUCGUCACCGGCGCUGGCGGUGGCCUCGGAAAGGCAUACGCUACUUUCUUCGGCUCCCGUGGUGCCAGUGUCGUCGUGAACGAUCUUGGUGGUACUUCCAAGGGCGAGGGCAACUCAUCAAAGGCCGCCGAUGUUGUCGUCAACGAGAUCAAGGCCGCUGGCGGCAAGGCUGUUGCCAACUACGAUUCAGUAGAGAACGGCGAGCGCAUCAUCGAGACCGCCAUCAGCGCCUUCGGCCGAAUCGAUAUCCUCAUCAAUAACGCUGGUAUCCUACGUGAUAUCAGCUUCAAGAACAUGAAAGAUGAGGAUUGGGACCUGAUUUACAAGGUACACAUCAAGGGCUCAUACAAGUGCGCCCGCGCUGCUUGGCCUCAUUUCCGCAAGCAAAAAUACGGCCGUGUUAUCAACACCGCCUCGGCUGCUGGCCUCUUUGGCAACUUCGGCCAGACCAACUAUUCCGCGGCCAAGCUCGCCAUGGUCGGUUUCACAGAGACUCUUGCCAAGGAGGGUAUCAAGUAUGGCAUUCUCGCCAAUGUCAUUGCCCCUGUUGCUGCUAGCCGAAUGACCGAGACCAUCAUGCCUCCUGAUGUGCUCGCCAACCUUAAGCCUGAAUGGGUUGUGCCUCUCGUUGCCGUUUUGGUCCACAAGAACAACACAGAGGAGACUGGUGGUAUCUUUGAGGUUGGCGGCGGCCACGUGGCCAAGCUCCGAUGGGAGCGAUCUAGCGGUCUUCUCCUCAAGGCUGACGACUCAUAUACCCCCGGUGCCAUUAUUAAGAACUGGAACAAGGUUGUCGACUACUCCAACCCUCAGUACCCUACGGGGCCCAACGAUUUCCUCACAUUGCUUGAGGAGUCUAUGAAGAUGGGACCUUCAGAGCAGGGCGAGAAGCUCGACUUCACUGGCCGUGUCGCUCUCGUCACUGGCGGUGGUGCUGGUAUUGGCCGUGUCUACGCUCUGGCCUUUGCCAAGCACGGUGCUUCAGUUGUGGUCAACGAUCUUGCCGACCCCGAGCCUGUGGUUGCUGAGAUCAAGAAGCUCGGUGGCAAGGCCGUUGGUGUCAAGGCCUCAGCUGAGGAUGGUGAGAAGGUUGUCAAGGCUGCCAUUGACGCAUUUGGCCGUAUUGAUAUCGUCAUCAACAAUGCCGGCAUCCUCCGCGACAAGGCUUUCUCCAACAUGAAUGACGAGCUCUGGGAUCCCGUCCUGAACGUGCAUCUCCGAGGUACCUAUAAGGUCACCAAGGCAGCUUGGCCUUACUUCCUCAAGCAGAAGUACGGACGUGUCCUGAACACUACUUCAACCAGUGGUAUCUAUGGCAACUUUGGCCAGGCCAACUACGCUGCUGCUAAAUGUGGUAUCCUUGGUUUCUCUCGAGCUCUUGCUCUCGAGGGUCAGAAGUACGGCAUCUAUGUUAACACUAUUGCCCCCAAUGCCGGUACUGCUAUGACUGCCACCAUAAUGCCCGAGGAGAUGGUCCAGGCUUUUAAGCCUGACUACAUUGCUCCUCUUGUCCUCGCUCUCUGCAGUGACAAGUGCCCCAACCCUACUGGUGGUUUGUACGAGGUUGGCAGCGGCUGGUGCGGUCAGACUCGAUGGCAACGAACCGGUGGACAUGGCUUCCCCGUUGAUGUCACCCUCACCCCUGAGGAGGUCCUCAAGAACUGGAAGGAUAUCGUCACCUUUGACGGCCGUGCCGACCACCCUUCCAAGUCCCAGGACUCUAUCGGUAAGAUCAUGGCCAACUUGGAGAACCGAUCUAAGCCUAAGGAGUCAUCUGGCGAGACCAACUACCUCAAGGUUAUCGAGGAGACUCUCAAGAAGGAGGGCAAGCCUACCGAGUACAAGUACGAGGAGCGCGAUGUCAUUCUCUACAACCUUGGUGUUGGUGCCAAGCGCACUGAUCUCAAGUACGUCUUCGAGGGCUCAGAUGACUUCCAGGUCAUUCCCACCUUUGGUGUCAUUCCUCCCUUCAACGCGGAGAUGCCAUUCGAGUUUGACAACAUUGUGCCCAACUUCUCUCCUAUGAUGCUUCUUCAUGGUGAGCAAUAUCUUGAGAUCCGCAAGUUCCCCAUCCCCACCAAUGCUCGUCUUGUUACCCGAGGUCGUCUCCUUGAGGUCAUCGACAAGGGUAAUGCCUCUAUCGCCCGAACCUCCACCACUACCGUCGACGCCAACACUGGCGAGGACGUCUUCUACAAUGAGGCCAGCGUCUUCCUCCGUGGUGCCGGUGGUUUCGGUGGUCCCAAGCGCGGUGCUGACCGCGGUGCUUCCACUGCUGCCAACAAGCCCCCUGCUCGUGCCCCUGAUGUUGUCGUUGAGUCACCUACCCACGAUGACCAGGCUGCCAUCUACCGCUUGAGUGGUGAUUACAACCCUCUUCACAUCGACCCUGCCUUUGCCAAGGUUGGUGGCUUCAAGGCCCCUAUUCUCCACGGUCUCUGCUCCUUCGGCAUCGCUGGAAAGGCCGUCUACGAGCGUUUCGGUGCCUUCAAGAACAUCAAGGUCCGCUUUGCUGGUGUUGUCAUCCCUGGUCAGACCCUUGUCACAGAAAUGUGGCGAGAAGGCAACAAGAUCAUCUUCCAGACCAAGGUUAAGGAGACUGGCAAGCCUGCCAUCGCCGGAGCGGCUGCUGAGCUCAGAACCGACGGCAAGAGCAAGCUCUAAACAAAAUUCAGCACGAUCAACGGAGUUUCUGCAAUGGGAUAUGCAUGUACUAUCAUAAAGUUUGUAUUGUAGUUGAGUGAUGUGAUUCUUAUCAUGUCCUGUUUUGCCCAAUCUUAUAUGCCAAAUUCAAUACCAAUUUCUUAAAUUUCUAAACAACAAGGCGCCCGCCCUGUGCCCAUCCUGAUGUUUAUAUUUUUGGAAGUCAUUAAGCCUGCGCCUGAAGUCACAAUGAGGCUUCAUUGAACCAUCUUAUCGUACGCCGUUACUGGAAAGAAGAAAAAAAAAGAGAAAAACGACCAUAACCCUAAACAAAAAGCGUUACUACGACCAGAUCCAACACUUCCGAAAGAGCGGGAAUCCGGCCGCUGAAGAGAACACGCUCAACAUUUACGUCCAUCCUAUUCGCCGCAACGCCUGUUUCAAGGAACGCCCGCUCGGUACCUGAUAAUUCUCGGUUCUCCAUGUCUUUCCACUUGCGCUCAGCCUCUUCGCGUGCGGCUUGCAAAACCUGUUCUGUGUCCUCAGAUUCCCAGAGAUUGCACCUGUCACACUCCUUGCAGGGUGUUGCAUCGCCUUCGGGGCGGAAGUGAUCACAAAAGUGGCGAUAUCCUUGAUCAGUGAGGUCGGCGCGACAAACAUAGCACAUCUUGUAGCCGCAGGGACACGUAAGUUUAUUGCAACCUGCAUUCUUGACGAAAGAUGUGUUGCAGCGGGGACAGACGCGCUUUAUAGCCAUGCUCAUGGCCUGCUCGACCUGUGUGCGUAGGGCGACGAGCGAGGAUUCGUUGCAUACGUGGAUAUCCUUCCACGACUUGUGGCAUGAGAGGCACGACAUACGACCGCAGCUGGGACUUUGGCAGGUAAAUUUGGUACCGCGACGACGACGACGGUGACGGUUGAGGGCUUUGGACCACUCCACUGAUAUAUAGUCGCCGAAGGACUGCUGUGUGCUGAGAAGGAGGCAAAUGAAUGAGGAUAUGAGGACGAACGGGAAGACAAACGGGAGGGUGCCGACACAUAGAACGAGGAAAAAGAGGUUGUAGAUGCUAUGUGACUUGAUACGAAGAGCAGAUUCGUGCGCAGGCGUGUAUAUGUCGUCUAUCUCGGCAUAGUCACAGAAGGGACACCGGACUAGAGGGAGGUUGGAUGCCAGAAGACUGUGCUCUGCUAGUCGACAGUCAAGCCUGUGCAAAAUUUCUGCUCCCAUCUUUUCUUCCUCCAUGGCACGGCGAAUAUGAUCUGGCGGGAUAUGUCCAGGACAUCCAUCGCCGUCUGAAGAGAGGCACUUGAGCGUGCCCGUUUCAGGGUUAAUGCUGCUUUGCCACCCUUGUCCAAAGACUGCUUCUUUGAUGGAGUGCUGUACACAUCGGUAGCAGACGAGAUGGCCCUCGCGGUUGCAGUGGGUAAACUCCUCGAAGGCUGCUGAUAUGAAACAGCAGACACAUUCAUGUGUUGCAUCUGCCUUUUCGGCCUCCUCGUUGUUGAGAAUGACUGCAAGCCCCCUGUCUCUAUCCUCUCUGUCCCUCCUGUCCUUCUCCUUCAACGGCGCCACCAAAGUAUCAUACAGUUCGCGGUCCAGUUCUGCGCUGCCUGUGGCUCGAAUAGUGGGAGUAAUGGAGCCCUGGCCGGUUGAGCGCCACGAUACCAGUGGGUGAUUCUCAGCCUCUCCCGUAGCGAUAGGCUUCCUUCUGAAAAACAGCGACGAUAUUGUGAAACGCCAUGAUUUGGAGGAUAAAGUAACGAGGGUCUGGCGGGCUUCGAGGUAGGAAUAGUUGGACUCGGCAAGAACAGCGUUUAUGGUAGACCGCGACAGGCCUUUGAAUUCAUGCCAUGCCAGAUUCUGUACUGCUCUUUUGUACUCCUUGCUCUUGAACACCUCUGCUUUGGGUAUUGUCUCUGGUCGAGCGGUCUCUUUGUCGGGAACUCUCCACCGACCCUUGACCCACGUCACUCUAUUCUUGAGCAGCGCAUCAGCCACAAGAGCGAGCCUCGACUCGCCGUCGAAAUUUGACAACAGCUCGCGAAACACUUCGAUCUGGAUAUCGGGAAAUACAGCAGCCAGAGCCUCGAGGCUGUUGUUGAGUUCGCGCAGGUCAGGUCUCUCGGGUGGCAGGCAUGGCAGUUGGGCUUCGUCGUAGAUGUACUCGGGCUGAACAAGGUUAGAGUCGCUCGACUUGGACCGGACAGAGGGCGUUCUGGUUCUAUCGGUGGAGGUGGAGGUGGAGGUGAGCAGCCCGGGGAAAACCAUCGUGACUGCUCAUUCUGGUGCGUGUGCGCGUGAGGUUUGCUGAUGGAUGGAAGUGAUAAAUGGCGGUGGUAAUGGUUGACGGAGGAUUAGGUAAGAUAUUUUGAGGCGUUGACGGGAGCUGAGGAAUGAGGCUUGCUGUAGUUGGUUGGGGUGCAGAGCUGAAUAUUUU